ACAGCGUUCUGAUGCGUUGUGCUCUGUGAACUCUGCAGAGGAAAAAAGAUGACAGCUAACCCGGGUGGGUGAGGAGCCGCCAUUUUGCUCACAGUAAAUAUGAUGCAGCUUAGAAUGUGGUUACUGGAAUGAUCGAGUCUCCGUGGGGACAGCAAACAGAAAUGGUUCCAAAGCAAAGCAGUUCCUCACAUAGCCCAUUUCCCAGCAUACUGGCUGGAGAAAUGGAGCCCUCUGCUGCCCUGCUUUUAGUACCCAGCCCCACAACUGGAGAGACAGUGACUGGAGUCACUCAGCAAAGAGGGAAGGUAGCGCUGGUGAGACAAAGAAAUACGAUUGCGCCAGAAAAAGAUGGAGAGGAUUGGUGGAAAGUUCAACCAAAAUAUUCAGCUAAAGUUCUCCUUGGGAACUGGCUGGAAGAGAGAAAAAGGUUUAUAAAACCCUGUGGGAAACUUGGCCGCAGCAUAUACAGCACAGACUUCACUCGCUUCCCAGAUCACAAACCAGAGCAAAGACUACGAGCAAUCAUGAUGAAGAAGUACGAGGGCCUGCCAGCACAGCUCUUCUUCACGCAUCACGAGGAGCCAAGGAGCCGGCAUUUAGUAUCAGAGUAUGAGGAUCACUACAACAGACACCGUUACGAUCCCUCGCUGCCUCCCCUCUGCAGAUGGAACGGACGCAAGCUUGCAUGGGUUCCUCAGAAACCAGACUUCCCCAUCCUCGAACCACCCACCAACUACGGACUUCUUGAGCACCUGAAGAGAAAAUGGCACAGGAAGGAAGCUGGAGGGAUGAGCAGCGUCUACACCAUCUCCUACGAAAGGCCACCGACGCUGGCUUUUGCUUCGUGCCAGUUUAGACGAGCAGCUAAACCUCACGGCCCGUCCUCCAGGAGGGGACACCUCCCCCGUGCCAGCAGAAUCCUGGACUAUGAAGGGGGUCAGAAAUACCUGCAAGCCCUCGGCCAACUGGCGAGAGACAGCAAAGCAAGAGCUGCCUCCAUGUAAACAGCUUAGCGUGAUCUUAAGUACUGCUUAAUACAGCUUGUUGCUGAUGUACAUAAGAGUGAUCUGUUCCGUGGGGAAGGAAUGGGAAUUGGGUUAUAUGGUUGGAGGGCUGGCUGCUAGUUAGGACACGCUGCUGGAUUACAUUCUAAUCUGCAGAUGGCUGGCAAUAUUCCUUCCACAGGAGAUAUUAAAUCCCUAAAAUCAAAACCUG